CUCUUCAAUCUACUCCUUCUUUAUCUCUUACUAGCUAUUCCAUGUAUCUAUUGUGCUGGUGGCAGAAGAGGGAGAAGAGGAGAUGGAUAUUUCGAAAAGCUUCGACCCACGAACAGCAGCAAACGCAGGAGGAAGCCGAGGUGAGGUCAAUGACGGCAUCAUCGGUGGCGGCCACCACAGCAGAGCAAAGGCACGCGAUGGCAGUGGCAGCGGCGACGGCGGCCACCGCGGAGGCGGCCGUCGCGACGGCACAGGCCGCAGCGGAGGUGGUCCGGCUAGCUAGGCCGUCCGUCAACUUUGUCAAAGAGCACCACGCCGCCAUCGUCAUCCAAGCGGCCUUCCGAGGGUAUCUGGCGAGGAGGGCGUUGAAGGCAUUGAGGGGGUUGGUGAAACUGCAAGCGCUGGUGAGAGGGCAAAACGUGAGGAGGCAAGCGAACACGACGCUGCAGUGCAUGCAGGCGCUGGUGCGGGUGCAGGAGCGGGUGCGGGACCAACGGGCCAGGCUCGCCCGGGAGGGCGCCAGGUGCAGGAGCAACAAGUCGGCCACCUUCAGCUGCGACACCUCUUUUUGGGACUCACCCUACCUCCACGACCGCGCCGACCGGCGAUCCAUGCAGUCGAGAGAUGGGAGUAGCCACGCCGAUGACCGGGACGAUCAUCCCCGUACGAUUGAAGGGAUCCGGUCCAUGUUGGAGAGCAGGAAGGAAGCUGCUUUGAAAAGAGAGAGAGCUCUCUCGUACGCUUUUUCGCAGCAGCCAUGGAGGUCGGAUAGGAAGGCCUCCUCAUGGCUAUCCUCUGGAGAAGAUCAGGAAGAGGCUUCGGCGGUAUCGGAAGGAGAGCAGCGGCCAUCAAGAUGGCUUGACCGAUGGAUGGCUUCGAGGGCUUCAUGUGAUAAUAGAAAUGGCAGCAGAGGACGAGCCUCCAUGGAGAGAGACCCCAUCAAGACUCUAGAGAUCGAUACAGCACGACCAUUCUCCUAUUCCACUCCUAUUAAUGUUCGAAGGCAUCAACAACUGGCGUCUCCACACCACCGCUCCUCCCACCACCUCCACUCCCCUGCCACGCCCUCCCCAUCGAAUGCUAGUAAGAGUCUUCAGGUCCGGUCUGCGAGCCCUCGGUGCGGCAAGGAAGAGAGGAGCCCGGCCUCUGCUCACACCCCAACCAGCUCUGGUUACUAUCACUGCAGCGGAGGCGCGGGGGCGCAGCGCCACCACCACCAGGUGGCGGUUCCGAACUACAUGGCGGCGACGGAGUCGGCCAAGGCCAGGUUAAGGUCGCAGAGCACACCGAGGCAGAGGCCGUUGACGCCUGAGAGGGAGCAGCGGAGUGGUUCGGCUAAGAAGCGCCUCUCUUUUCCGCUGCCGGAGCCUUACUGUGGUGGCGGGAUUGGGGGAGGAUAUUCUCAGAGUCUUAGGAGCCCGAGCUUUAAGAGUGCGAAUGGACGUCUAGGGCUGGAGCAGUUGUCGUGCUGUACGGAUAGCAUCGCCGGCGAGGUCUCGCCCUCGUCGACCACCGAUCUACGGAGGUGGCUCCGGUGAGCCGACGAGCACGAGGAGGGCGUGUGCGUUUUGUGAGUGGCAUCCCAUUUCGUUCGUUGUUUUGUUUGGUGUUUACUUUUUCUGGAUGUAAGAAGUAGCACGGCGUUUUCUUGCGACUAUCUGACUACGAGAUUGGAUUAAGAGUGUGAAGGGAUGAACGGAAGAGAAGCUAUUUGUAAUCGAAAAGUUUUAAUAACUCCAUUAUAAGGCGGUUUGAUGCAUGGAAGCUGCCACGUCUA